GUGUCGUUUAAUGAUUUUUAAAAGCGGGUUUGUUAGGAUUGCGGAAGUGGAUGCGAACUACAUGUCCCGCGCCGACGCGUCGCGAGCUCGAGGCAGUGUAAACAGUACUCCAGGAACAUGAAGAGAUCGGAUGACAGUGAGAGGGAAAAGAGGAGAAAGAGACGCCGGCUCCUCCAGGAACUUGGCGAGCAGAAGAUCCCCUUCCUGUCCCCCUCUGAUCCCGGCUUCCAGCAGCUAUGGGAUACGAGUUAUUCGGGACUGAUGCUGCGGCGCUCGGGCAGCCUUCCUCCAGGCCUGGACGAGCGCGUUCAAUCCGCACUGCGCACGCUGCGUGACCGAGGCUGCCUCCUGAGAGAUCUGGUGCGCGUCCGAGAGCGCGAUGUGUUCACGGCGGUCUCGCGUGCGCUCGUUGGCCAGCCUGGGUGCACCUACCGCUACCUGGACACCCGUCUCUUCACCAUCCCCUGGCACUGCGAGGAGGACGAGGGCCUGGGACAUAACGAAGGCCAUGGAGACAAACCCUGCUGUGAUGUGGGGCUGAGAGCCGCCUGCAAGGCCUUAUGGGAGCUGAACCAGUUCUUUUGCUCUGACGUACAGCAGAAUCAGAACGCCCGGGCCAGCAAACGCAAGUGCAGCGAAGAACAAGGAGAAGAAGAAGAAGAAGAAAAAGAAGAAAAGGGAGGGGAAGAAAAGGCCAAAAGCGAAGGAUGUUCCGAGGAUCGAACGUGCAAAGAGAAGGAGGCCGGGAAAGAGUCAGAUAGCGGACAGGGCUGCUCUCGCUCGUCUCCUCUUUCUUCCAAGUCAGGCCCGAUCCGCUUUAACAUCACACUUAUUAACUACAUGGACCCGGCCAGCAUGAGCCAGCUGAAGGAGGAGCCGUAUUACGGCAUGGGGAAGAUGGCAGUAGGAUGGCACCAUGACGAGAACCUUGUCCCUCUGUCGCCCGUCGCGGUUUACAGCUACAGCUGCCCGGCAGAGAGCAAGACAGAAGUAAAGCCAGCCGAAGAAAAGGAAGGACAGACAUCAAACGAAGGAGAAAAAGGAGACGAGGAAGGAAGGAGCCGGGAAGAAGAGGAAGGAGCAGGGGUUGAGGGAACGAGUAAAGAGGAAGGAGGGAAAGAGAAGGAGAAAGAAAAGGCGUGCUGGCGUGUUGGGUUAAAGGUGGCCUGGGACAUCCACACACCAGGGUUAGCUCUACCACUGCAGUCUGGAGACUGCUAUUACAUGACAGAUGAUCUGAACAGGACACACCAGCAUUGCGUACUGGCGGGAGACACGGCCAGAUUCAGCUCGACACACAGAGUUGCACAGUGCAUAACAGGGACUUUGGAGUACAUCCAGAAACGGUGCUCGGAAGCUUUGGAGAACUUGCACACAGAUCCCGAAACCGGUGCGAAGAGUCUGCACUCGCUUCUCCUCUCCACCAUACAGCACAUAGAGGACAUUCAUAACGAGGUGGAGUUUGAAUGGCUGAGGCAGUAUUGGUUCCAGGGCCGGCGUUACGCUCGCUUCUGCAGCUGGUGGAGUAAACCGAUGGAGCGUCUGGAGACUGACUGGAAGCAGAUGGAGAGGAUGACUGAGCUGCUCCUGGCGGUGGUGGAGGAUGAGAGCAACGUUCAGGAGAACAGACAGGAGAUGGCUGAGACGCUGCUCAAUGCUCUGAGUGACAGACAGCAGCACAGGCAGACCUGGAGGGACAGAUGCCAGUCGAGCCUGGCGCAGACUUUACCCCCUGAAGAGGCACCUGUCGACCGACCGUAUUGGACCAGCGACGACCCAGACAUGCCCUUGCCCUUUGACCUCUCUGACAUCAUCAGCCGGGUGGAGUCACUCCUCUGGAGGAUGUGAAGAUUUUUCUCACAAAAUGAAGAAGAGAGGCAGAUGAAAGACAGAAAAAAAGAUUAAGGUACCAUGAAGGAGUGGGAACAGGUGAUACACGAACUGCACUUACCUGGGGAAGACCAUUUACACACACACACACACACAUGCACACAAACAUGCACACACAUGUAUACACACAUAUACACACACACACACACACCAGCCAGGAGACUCCACCACCAGAGAUGGAUGAAGGGACAGAACCGGAGGAAAGGACCUGGGACGAGUUCUUUUUAAUCUUUCUCAUAUCUUCCUUCUUCAUGGCCGUUUUAACGUGUAGUGUUACGAUGCGAACGCAUUUAGACCAUUUCAGCAGUAGCUAUCAGAAACCUAGUCACCCGGCCGCGUACGAUUUUAAUCAUGCCCAUGUAGUGUCUUUUAACAAGCUGUGUCUGUCCUGCAUCGCAUAUACAGUAUACACGAGGCGCUUCAUCAUGCACUUAUCGCUAGUUUACCUGAAGAUCAUGAGAGGGUUCCAGCCACCAGGAUGGGAGGGAGGUCAUGUGACUGACUGUGUCUGAUGAUGUCAUUCAGUGUGCAAGGCAUACUGUAGUUCUCAGACCUGCGUGUCAGUAUUGUCAGUGAUGCUUGUGUGUGUAUGUGUGUGUGUGUGUGUGUGUGUGCGUACACAGGAGUGUAUGGAAUUUGGUGCAUGGUUAUGUGUGCCGGUGAGAGUGUGUAUGGGUGUGUUCACGUUGCAGUUUGGAUGUAUGCCUGUUAGUAUAAAUGUGUGUGUGUGUGUGUGUGUGUGUUCAGGGUGAUGUUCUAGUGUCACUAAGUGCAUCUCAGUGUUUGGGGAAGGAGGGCUGAACAAUUGUGUGUGUGUGUGUGUGUGUGUGUUUAAUCAUCGUGUUUUAUUGUCAGUAAAUACAUCUUAAUAAGGUGUGUGUGUGUGUGUGUGUUAGUGUUUAAUCAUUGUGUUUUAUUGUUAGUAAAUACAUCUCAAUAGAAUGUGUGUGUUAGUGUUUUAUCAUUGUGUUUUAUUGUCAGUAAAUACAUCUCAAUAAGGUGUGUGUGUACGUAUGUGUGUGUGUAUGAAUGCGCUUAAUAUUAGUAUUGAUUUCACAUCAGAGUGGGGGUGUGUGGGUGAGAGAGAGAGUGUAAAAUGCUGUCUUUUCUGUAAAGCUAUGUUUGCAUAGUUUAAAGAAAAAGUUUAGGGGCCACACCCCUUCUUCAUUAUGACUGACAGACAUAGGCCACGCCUCUUUUACUGAGACCAACAUGAAAAACAAGUGUGUGAUACGUUUGGUACAGCGUUCCGAACCCAAGUGUCUGGAUUUGUGAUCAGCUUGCAAUCUGAUUGUCUCUCCACAUUUCACUUGUAAAACACUGCACCGUAGUUAACGCAGCUGCACGGGAUACCGUUCCAAAACGUGUGUCGAAUUCCGUCUUUGAAACUUAUCAAUCAUGUGUCAUGCAGCUACGCCCCGUUCGCGUUUAUUAGGGUUUAAAAUAACCCCAUCGACAUAAAGUUUUGCUUUUGCUAAAGUGUGCAUGCAUACAGUAUACAUAUUUAUAUGACUUAUAGCUAAUCAAAACCCAAAAUUCAGUAUCUCAGAAAAUUAGAAUAUUACUUAAGACCAAUAAAAAAAAUAUUUAACACAGAAAUGUUAUAAUACUGAAAAGUAUGAACACAUACAGCACUCAGUACUUGUUCAGGGCUCCCCAUGCGUGAAUUGCUGCAGCAAUGAGGCGUGGCAUGGAGGCGAUCAGUCUGUGGUACUGCUGAGGUGUUAUGGAAGCCCAGGUAGCUCUGAUAAAGGCCUUCAGCUCUUUUUCUGGUGUCUCACAUCGUCCUCUUUACAAUACUACAUAGAGAGUCUUUAUGGGGUUUAGGUUGGGCGAGUUUGCUGGCCAAUCAAGCACAGGGAUGCCAUGGUCCUUAAACCAGGUACUUUUUGGCCCUGCUGGAAAAUAAAAUCAGCGUCUCCAUAAAGCUGAUCAGCAGAGGGAAGCUCUUAACCUUCCUGGUGGACGGCUGCACUGACCUUGGACCUGAUCAAACACAGUGGACCAACACCAGCACAUGACAUGGCUCCCCAAACCACCACUGACUGUGCAAACUUUACACUGGACAUCAACCAGCUUGGAUUCUGUGCCUCUUCUCUCUUCCUCCAGACUCUGGGAUCUUGAUUUCCAAAGGAAUUGCAAUAUUUACAUUGAUCUGAAAAAAAAAGACUUUGGCAUACUGAGCAACAGUCCAGGUCUUUUUGUCCUUAGCCCAGGUAAGACACCUUUGAUGUUGUCUUCAAGAGUGGCUUGACACAGGGAAUGCGGCAGUUGUAGCCCAUGUUCUGUACAUGGUGGCUCUUGAAGCACCGACUCCAGCUGCAGUCCACUCCUUGUGAUUUUCACUUAAUGGGCUUUGUUUCACAAUCUUCUCAAGGCUGAGGUUUUCUCUGUUAUAACUUUCCAUUAAGGUGCUUUGAUACAGCACUCUGUGAACAGACAGCUUCUUUAGCAAUGACCUUUUGUGUCUUACCCUCCAUGUGCAGGGUGUCAAUGAUCGUCUUCUGGACAACUGUCAAGUCAGCAGUCUUCCCCAUAAUUGCGUAGUCUACUGAAGCAGACUGAGAGACCAUUUCAGGAAACCGUUGCAGGUGUUUUGAGUUGAUUAGAGUGCGAUACCAUGACUCUCAAAGAUUGAAUUUUUUUUGCCAUGUUCAAAUUUUCUGAGAUACUGAUUUUUGGCUUUUUAUUAACUGUAACUCGUCUUUUAAUUUUGUAAAGCUGCUUUAAGACAAUGACCACAGUUAAAAGCACUAUAUAAAUAAAAUCGAAUUGAAUUUAAUAAGCCAGAAUCAUUAAAAUAAAUUUUUUUUGGAUGAUAUUCUACUCCAUUAAGCUGCACCUGUAUAUUUAUAUUCUUGUAGCUCCUUUGGUUUGUAGGGCGUCUAUAAGCAAAGGAUAAUUUUUUUAGCGGUGCACCUGAUAAUUUAUUUGUUUAAAUUUUUAAUGUUUAGACUUUUUAUUUUUUUUAAUCUUUAUGUCUGAGCGUUUAUCAUAAUACAUAAAAAAUAAUUCAUAGAGGAAUGCUUCUGGGGUUCAGCAGAAAAUUUUUAUAAUAAUGUAAUACAAAUGAAUAAGAUAAAAUUAUAAACAUUUAAAAUAAAAAAGUAUUAAUUAUCCAUUAAACCCCAAAAAUAAUAUAUUUUUUAAUGAUUAUUUUCAUUUUUAUUAUAUCUUUUUUAUUUAAAUUCUUUUUAAGCAUCCAGAUUUCUACAAGGCUGUAAAUGGGUAUCAAGAUUUAAAAAAAAAGUAUAAAUAUUAAAAAUAAAAAAGGAUGGAUUAUCUGGUGUACCCUAGAAACAUUCCUCUGUGCAUCCUUUUUUACUCACUCUCUCACUUAUCUACUAUACCGCUUUAUCCUGUAUUCAGGGUCGCCGGGACCUAAAGCCUAUCCCAGGAGACUUAGGGGUAGAGACGAGGCAGGGGUACACGACAGGGACAGGGUGCCAAUCUAUCGCAGGGAGAACAUGCACACAAAGACGUGAACCUGGAUCCUUGAAUCGAACCCGGAUCCUGGAGGUGCAAGGCGACAGUGCUAACCACUACACCGCCGAGCCAACAUUUUAUAAGUUAAUUAAUAGUAAUAAAGUAUUUCUUUGAUUGAAAAAUCCAAAAAAAAGCAAAACCCCUAUUUUUUUCAAAU